GAAACCCAGAAAGGAGAUGGAGAAGUACGAGCGGAUCCGAGUGGUGGGGAGAGGUGCCUUCGGGAUUGUGCACCUGUGCCUGCGAAAGGCUGACCAGAAGCUGGUGAUCAUCAAGCAGAUCCCAGUAGAACAGAUGACCAAGGAAGAGCGGCAGGCAGCCCAGAAUGAGUGCCAGGUACUCAAGCUGCUCAACCACCCCAAUGUCAUUGAGUACUACGAGAACUUCCUGGAGGACAAGGCCCUCAUGAUCGCCAUGGAAUAUGCACCAGGUGGCACCCUGGCUGAGUUCAUCCAAAAGCGCUGUAAUUCCCUGCUGGAGGAGGAGACCAUCCUGCACUUCUUUGUGCAGAUCCUGCUCGCACUGCAUCAUGUGCACACGCACCUCAUUCUGCACCGGGAUCUCAAGACCCAGAACAUCCUGCUUGACAAACACCGCAUGGUCGUCAAGAUCGGUGACUUUGGCAUCUCCAAGAUCCUUAGCAGCAAGAGCAAGGCUUACACGGUGGUGGGUACUCCGUGCUACAUUUCCCCAGAGCUGUGUGAGGGCAAGCCCUACAACCAGAAGAGCGAUAUCUGGGCCCUGGGCUGUGUCCUGUACGAGCUAGCCAGCCUCAAGAGGGCCUUCGAGGCUGCGAACCUGCCAGCGCUGGUGCUGAAGAUCAUGAGCGGCACUUUUGCGCCCAUCUCUGACCGGUACAGCCCUGAGCUGCGCCAGCUCGUCCUGAGUCUACUGAGCUUGGAGCCUGCACAGCGGCCACCACUCAGCCACAUCAUGGCGCAGCCCCUCUGCAUCCGCGCCCUCGUCAACCUCCACACCGACGUGGGCAGUGUCCGCAUGCGGAGGUCAGAGAAGUCCCUGGCCACCGGACCACCCAUGGCCCCCGGCAGCACAGGGAGCAGGACCACCAGCGCCCGCUGCAGAGGCGUACCCCGGGGACCUGUGAGGCCCGCCAUCCCGCCUCCACUGUCCUCGGUGUACGCCUGGGGCGGCGGGCUGGGCGCCCCCCUACGGCUGCCGAUGCUCAACACAGAGGUGGUGCAGGUGGCGGCCGGGCGCACGCAGAAGGCCGGCGUCACGCGCUCGGGGCGCCUCAUCCUGUGGGAGGCCCCGCCCCUCGGCACCGGUGGGGGCCCGCUCCUCCCGGGGGCGGUGGAGCAGCCACAGCCCCAGUUCAUCUCGCGUUUCCUGGAGGGCCAGUCAGGCGUGACCAUUAAGCACGUGGCCUGCGGGGACCUCUUCACCGCCUGUCUGACCGACCGAGGCAUCAUCAUGACCUUUGGCAGCGGCAGCAACGGGUGCCUAGGCCACGGCAGCCUCACUGACAUUAGCCAGCCCACCAUUGUGGAGGCCCUGCUGGGCUAUGAGAUGGUGCAGGUGGCCUGUGGGGCCUCUCACGUGCUGGCCCUGUCCACUGAGCGAGAACUGUUCGCCUGGGGCCGUGGAGAUGGCGGCAGGCUGGGACUAGGCACCAGGGAAUCCCACAGCUGCCCCCAGCAAGUGCCCAUGCCCUCAGGACAGGAAGCCCAGCGGGUUAUAUGUGGCAUUGACUCCUCCAUGAUCCUCACUGUGUCCGGCCGAGCCCUGGCCUGUGGGAGCAACAGGUUCAACAAGCUGGGCCUGGACCACCUCUCCCUGGGUGAGGAGCCUGUCCCGCACCAGCAAGUGGAGGAGGCCCUGAGCUUCACACCACUAGGCUCUGCACCCCUGGACCAGGAGCCCCUGCUGAGUGUGGACCUGGGUACUGCUCAUUCAGCUGCCGUGACUGUCUCGGGUGACUGCUACACUUUUGGCAGCAAUCAGCACGGGCAGUUGGGCACCAGUGCUCGCCGGGGCAGCCGGGCACCCUGUCAGGUUCAAGGCCUCGAAGGUAUCAAGAUGGCAGUGGUGGCCUGUGGGGAUGCCUUCACUGUAGCCAUCGGGGCAGAAGGCGAAGUGUACUCUUGGGGCAAAGGGGCCCGAGGUCGACUGGGAAGGAGGGAUGAGGAUGCUGGACUCCCCCGGCCAGUGCAGCUGGAGGAGACACACCCUUACACAGUGACUUCUGUGUCCUGUUGCCAUGGAAACACUCUCCUGGCUGUUCGCCCGCUCACAGAUGAGCCAGUCCCCCCCUGAGGCACCUGGAUACACCUCUGGACCACCCCUAAUACUGCUUCUCUUCUGGAUGUUCUGAAAAGUUGAGGUGCCUGAGGCAUGAUGGUCCCCACCAGCUCCCUGGAUUGUGUCAUCAAUGGGGUAUAAGGGCCAGUGAAAGUCCUGCUCUGCUUUUGGUUCUGGAUAUGGAAACCUCAACCCACUCUGUUCCCCUAACACCCCUUUUCCCUUCCUACUCCCUCUUCCUUUAAGUCAGUGUCCCCAGGGUCCAGCCUGGCUAGACCUGGAAGCCAGACCUAGCCUUUGCAAACAGGGUGGUCUCCAGAGCCUUGGCACAGAAAGGCUGAAGGCAGCUGUGGCUCCACCCAGAGCCUGCCCUUUGCCCCAGCCCAGUUAGAAAGUAAGUCCCUGGUGCCCACCGGGACUGGCUCCAAGCUUUGGAGUAGGGCAAGCCAGGGCCUGCCUAGACUGGCCAUUAGGCCUGCCUAGCUUCUGCACAGCCUGGGGCAGGGAGGUCCCAAGGAGUGCGGCAACUAGGCCCACCCCUUUACCCCGAGGCAGGGAUUUGCACGGUGUCUUUUAGCCUCACUUCCCCAGCGAGAGAGCAGAAGCCACUAAGUGUCUACAGCAGAGAGGAUUCUGGCUGAAGGUUG